AUGGAGACGCAUCAUUAUUCCGUGAUCAUCGUCGGUGCUGGCAUCGCUGGUAUCAACGCCGCCUACCGUCUGCAAUCUGAGCUGCCGGAUCACCCGUACGCCAUCCUCGAGGCCCGCAACGCCAUCGGAGGCACCUGGGAUCUGUUCCGCUACCCUGGUGUGCGCUCUGACUCGGACCUAUUCACUUUUGGCUUCUCGUGGUUUCCCUGGGAUGCAUAUAACCCCAUUGCGGACGGAGUGUCCGUUGCAAACUAUAUCCGCCGUGCGGCGGCUCAAUAUGACAUCGACCGCCAUGUCGUGUUCCAGCAUCGGGUACUUUCCUAUCAUUGGUCUUCCACCGAGAACCUCUGGACGCUCUUGGUGGACCACCAGGGCCAGCUAGUUCUAUAUAUCACGCGGUUCAUCAUCCUGGGCACUGGGUACUACGACUAUGACAAGCCGCUGGAUUCUUCUAUUCCCGGUCUGGAUCGGUUUGAGGGCCAAGUUGUCCACCCGCAGUUCUGGCCUGCGAAUCUGGACUACGACAAUAAACAGGUUGUCAUCGUCGGUAGUGGUGCUACGGCCGUGACGCUGCUGCCUCGUCUGGUGGAGAAGGCAGCCAAGGUCACGAUGCUGCAGCGCAGUCCGACGUAUAUCCUGCCCAUGGCAAACAAGAACACACGCACGACUGUAGACGCCUUGUUUUCCCCCCGAGUGGCUCACAGACUCAAACGUGCUAAGUGGAUCGUCACCUCGCGCCUGACGGUGCUCUUCUGCCAGACGUUUCCCCGCUUUACGCGCUGGCUGUUCCGGUGGAUCGUUUCAAACAGACUCCCCCCACAUAUCCCCUACAGUCCGCAUUUCGAUCCUAAGUACAACCCCUGGGAGCAGCGGCUAUGCAUCUGUCCGGACGGAGACUUCUUUGCCAGCUUGCACUCGGGCCGUGGGGAUGUCGAGACGGGCAAGAUCCGGGAGGUGGUUGCCGACGGUAUCAUCCUAGACUCCGAGAAGAAGCUGGAGGCGGAUAUAAUUGUGACAGCCACGGGCAUGCGGUUGCAGAUGGCCGGGGGUGCGUCGUUUUAUGUUGACGACGAGGAAUACCCUUUGCCGGAGAAGUACACGUGGAACGGGGCGAUGUUGCAGGACCUUCCGAAUAUGGUCAUGCUUACCGGAUACACCAACGCUUCGUGGACGCUCGGGGUCGACGUCAAGAUGCGUCUGGUCUGUCGUCUGCUGCGAUCGAUGGCGGACCACCAGCACUCCAUGGCCGUGCCUCGGGUGCAGGGCGGUUCCAAGCUGGAGGAGAAGCAGCUGUUGGACCUGAAAUCGACGUACAUAGUCAAGGGGGCAGGAGUCCUGCCCCGCGCGGCAAAGCAAAAACCCUGGUGUCCACAUGAUAAUUAUCUGUCCGAAUGGUUGUUUGCCAAGUAUGGAAGCCUUGAAGAAGGACUGGAGGUGACUUGA